AUGCAAUCUUCCUAAGCUCAAGUUAAUAGAAUCCUUCCUGGUAUUUCUUCCUUUGCCUGGAACAGAGACUGUUCAAAGAUAGCAAUCUGCCCAACUAAUCAAGAAAUAUGGAUCUUCAAGACUAAUUCUACCGCUGAUAUUUCAAAAUGGGAAAGAAUUCAAGUUCUAAGAGAGCACUUGAAUCCAGUGAGCUCUUUAGACUGGCAUCCUCUGACUAAUCUGUUACUUUCAAGUUCAACUGACAGAGGAGUUAUUGUCUGGGAAGAAAGCAAAGACGUUUAAGGAUUAAAGCCUUAAUUAGCUGUAGUAAAGGAAACUAAGGCUAACAUUGAUGCUGCAUGGAAUCAUAAAGGAACUAAAUUCUGUGUUGGAGCUGCAUCAGGUAACGUCUUCAUUGGUAGUUUCUCUGAAGCAAAUAACUUCUGGGUUGGUCGUGCAACUGGAAAGAAGGUUUUGCACAAAUCCAGUGUUGUCUCAGUGAGGUUUGACCCUUAAUCUGGUCGUGUUGUUGCUUCAGGCUCAACUGAUGGAACUUGUCAAAUAACUACCUGCUUCAUUUCAGGCAUAGAUGACAGCAAUAACCAAGGACCAUUCGGAUCCAUUAAUACCUUCGGAGAGACUUUGAUUAAAUUCUAAGCUCAAGGAUGGGUUAAUACAGUCAGCUUUUCUUCUGAUGCUAACAUUUUCGCCUAUGCUACCCAUGAUUGCGAACUUAAUUUUAUUGAUGUAUCAAAAGCAGCUUAAAAGGUUAAGGAAAAGCCAGAAAAAGUUCUCUACAAAGGAAAUCCAUUCUUGAAUUGUUUAUUCGUUAAUGAGACAACAUUUAUAGCCUGCGGCUUUGAUAAAGUUCCUUUUGUUUUCAAGAAAACUGCCUCAGGUUGGUAAUUUUCUAAGUACUUGGAUGAUGGUAUUAACAAAGUUAAAGAACAAUAAAUUACAUCUGGAAGCUUUGAUAAUGCUUAAGCAUUCUUUAAGAGAAGUGAAACUGAGAGAGCAUCAGGUGUAAAGCUUGAUGAUGAUGUAAGUAUAAGAGAGAUGGCAACAAAGCAUCAAAAUUAUAUAAACUGUCUCAAAAUCUAUGCUGGAAAUGCUGCUAAACCACAAGUUAUCUCAACUUCAGAUAUCAAUGGGUUCAUCAACUACUGGGAUCUCCAAUCAUUAUGA